AUGACUCCCAAUGCAAAUGGAGACAUGAAUCCAUGCUGGACAUGUCGCAACCGGCGCGUCCAAUGCGAUCUGUCCGGCUCUCCCUGCGCGAAAUGUGUCAAGGCUGGGGUGGAAUGCUUCGACAAAAGACCGUUGAGGUGGGUCAAAGGCGUGGCAAUUCGAGGAAACCUGCAGGGCUAUUCGUAUGAGGGGAGCUCAGACAAGCUUAAGAAAAAGCCGCGGGCCGCCAAAAAUGCCCGAGCUAAACCAAACAACCCAGAAAAUGCGUUGGUCAAAUCUCCCGAAAUCAGAUGCUUGCCGGCUGCAUUACAGGAUCCGACAAUAUUGAACCUGGAUAGAGUUUCCAGAUAUUAUAUGAAUUAUUAUAACGAGCACAUAUGCAAGCUGUUCAUUGUAUACGACAGCGAAAGGAAUCCAUUCCGGAGUCUCAUAUCAUACGGUCUACAUGACCCGGUCUUACACAAGGCCAUCCUUGCUCUUGCAGCAAGGCAUCAUGCGAAUACAGGCAAAUCAUUCAAUCAAAUUGAGGCGCCGACCACGCCUGAUCUCGUCAAUGCCGAUCGUGAUGCACUUCUUUUCAAACACCAGGCGAUGGAAGCCCUAUCCCGAAUCAUUGGUGCCGGAGAUACGCCGAAAAACGAUACCACUGUUGCGAGUAUAUUCCUCCUCAUCUUUUUGGAUCUUCUUGAGUCAGGAAGCGAUGGGUGGAACUUCCACCUGAAGGGGGCGAAAAGUUUGAUAAAAUCGUAUCAGCCUUUACUCGAGUCGCAAGCCGGGAUCAAUCAUGGCCCCGGUCAGACCUUGCAGGAAAUAUGGGGCUUCAUAUCUAUGCAGAUUCGCUCGAUCGAAACAUUGGGAGCAGCCUUCUUACGGCCAAAGCUACUGUCAGAAUUUGCCCCUGUCAGCCAGGAGGAUAUACAGCCCUUAGAGACAGUUGAGAAAUCGUUCCUUGGGUGCCCGGAGUAUCUGUUGACGGCCAUCCGAUUCUUCUCCAAUGAGAGAGACACCAUUGCAGGAUCAAAGUUAUUCGAACAGGGUGACCUUGAAACCCAUAUUCACAAUAUAAAUUCGAUGCUGGAGCUCGUUCGAACCUUUGAUAGCUAUGCAUGGGCUUUGAGCGUCCAACGCCCGACAUCAUCAUCAGUCGACAUGGUUAGUGGUCUUUGCACAUUAUCGGAGGUGUUCAAAACUGCUACUCUGAUUUAUGGCGGACGUGUUCUCGAUGCCUUCAGGGGAAACUACACAGUCCAAGACGAGCUGGUCUCUGAGUUGUUGGGACUACUCAACCUUUUGAAAAAUGACGAUGCAUUAUUCAAGUGUGUUCUGUGGGCAAUCUUCGUUGCAGGCCUGGAAUGCCAAACUCAGCCUCAGAGAGAAUUCUUGAUUGAAUGCCUGGAGACUUUCUGGAGAGACACGAGUUGUUUGAAUGCUGUGAAUGCCACAAAAAUCCUGCAGAACUACUGGGCGCAGCUGGGCUCGGAGGCUCCAUCAAAGUGGAUAUUCGACAUUGGAUGCUUAGAUCGUGACUGGCUGUUGUUAUAG